AUGGCAAACCUUUUGGAGACCAGGCCUCACAGAAAGAAAGAAAUGCAGAGGAGGACAGCUACCGGAGACACCAAACCAGUCGCUGGACUGAAUCUCCGGGAUACCACAGAGAAAGAUCCCCGCCUCGGACAAGCCAACGCAACUACCAACCUACUGAUCUACGACAAACCCUACAAAGCAGAGGAGAGGAACGACGCAGACAUCAACCAACACAACAAAUAUGGAGGGAAAAAGAAAGAGAUGCAAGAAGAACACCACCAAGGAGAGAAGAGUCAGCGACGUCAAGACCUAGCCAGAACCCACUGGGGAGAACACUGGACUUCGCGGGGACCCCAAGCACCCACACGAUACCAACCCUGGAGGAGGCUAUGGCAGACCUUCAGGAGGUCACGGUCCGAUACGUAA